UUUUCUGCGCGACAGAUCUCGCACUCGUGUUUAAAUCUCUCACUUCCGGUCGGUCGAUUACUACGUAUGACGUUUCUCUUCUUUAUUUGCAGUCGCGGUCGCAUUGUCUCAUUGUCGACUGCUGAUCGUCGUGUUCUGGUAUAGCUGCAAGAUCAGAAUUUCAUGAGGUGAGGUAUCGCGCCCGCGAUGCCGUAGUCGCGCCGUCGUCCGUCGACGGUCGCGCGCGAGGCCGGAAGUGACGUCAGGACAUCCGUUCAUACACAUACUACAGCGUCCGCGAUCCAAGAUGUCCGCAGUCUUACGAUAGAACGCGUACCUUUACGGCGUGUUGUCGAGGUAGAAAUUGAGGGGUACAAUUUCGGGCGCGAACGGUUCCGGAUUGUCCCGCACGUCACGCACGACCCGGAAGAUCGCUGCGGCACGUCCGCGAUUCCGCGGCGCGUGACGCGAUCACGCGAGAGGAUCGGGAGCGACUCGGAAAGUGAGAAGGAGAACGAGAGGAAGAGAAGGAGAGUGUGCGCGUGAGCGAGAGCGAGAAAGACGGAGCGAGACGGGAAAUCGAGAAGCGUCAACUCUGGAGCUUCGCGCAUCGACACGGUCGUUUACGGUUCGUUGAGCUCCAUCCGCGGGUCAUCCGCCUCCACGGCGCCGGCUAUCCUCGGAACAAUCGCGUCGCAGCCUCGACCACCUUCGUGGCCGCGGACCGUUGCCGUUGACGAGGACGACGACGACGCCGUCCGCCGUCUCGCAGCCGCAGCCGCAAUCGCACCGCGAGCGUGCCGCUGUUAUCCACUUGCAGCUCGACGACGAGGAAUCGAGGCAACGACGCUCCCUCGAUGUCGGUCGCCAAAGCGGACGACGAUUUCGCCACGAUAUACGUCUGAGAUCCCGCGACGGCUGCGAGCGCGCCACGCAAAACAGCAGCAGCAGCAGCAAAUUUAUGAGAGGAAUUCAGUGGGUAUGAAUUUUAGCAAUAGUCAAGAUGUCAAGCGACAGCGAUUAUACUUGUAUGAUACGUCAUCAUACUCACAAGCGCAAGAAAAUUGUCAUAAGCGACAGCGACAGUAGUGACGAAUCUCUAGUUAUACAAACACGAAGGAAGAAAAAAAUACUUAGAGUUGUUAGCGAAGGAGAAAGUAGCAGCGAUGAUAGUGAUUUACCUAAGCCUGUGAUUAGACGACAAAACCAUAGAGUUAUUAGUGAGGAUGAAUCUAAUUACAAUAGUAGCCCAGGAGGAAGCAGAUGUAUUGAAGAUGGUAAGUAUGGUAAUUUAUUAUAAUUAUGGUAAGAUAGUAAUUUAUUAUUAAUAGCUAUUAUUUAGUGUUAACAUUAUAUAUAUAAUAAAAUAUCCAAUGUGUAUGCUACAGAUAGCAGUACUACAUCUGAAUGGGAAAGCGACUGGUCUAGUUCCAAUGAAUCAGAAGAAGAUACUAAGAAAUAUAAAACUAAACGUAAAGUCUUAUCUAAAACAAAGAGUAUUGAUAAGCCUGGUUCUUCUUCAUCAACCAAUGCCAAUAUCAACUCUGAAAGUAGUGACGAUCAAUCAUCAGAAAAAUGUCCUAUAUGUUUGCUGCCAUUUAGGAAACAGCAAGUCGGUACUCCUUCUGUAUGCGAUCACUGCUUCUGUUUGGAAUGUUUAUUGGAAUGGAGUAAGAAUAUUAAUACUUGUCCUGUGGAUCGCUCACCCUUUACUUCUAUCAUUGUUAGAGAACAUUUUGACGGCAAGAUUAUAAAAGAAUUACCAGUAGAAAUUGUACCGCGUAUUGAAAAUCAAAUGCUGGAUGAUCCAACAUUUUGCGAAAUAUGUCAUCAAAGUGACAGGGAAGAUCGAAUGUUACUUUGCGAUGAUUGUGAUCGCGGCUAUCAUAUGGAAUGUUUAACGCCUCCAAUGACUACAGUCCCUAUUGAAGAAUGGUAUUGUCCGGGAUGUAGUGAUAACGCCAGAACGUUUGUGUCAAAUUUUAUACCAACUCUUAUAACACCGAGAAAUUCUGGUCGGUUUCUCCGUGAAAUAAGGAGAAACUUAAGCAUAUUUCGUAAUAUACUUCCUCAAGCCAAUGAUCGUGCAUAUGUACCUGUCAGUCGCGCUCAAACUGCACAUCAUCGCGAUCCAGCGGAUGUUGCCGUGCCACUUAUCGAUCCGAAUCAGCCGUCUACUUCGUCCGGCCUUGAUUCAAUUGGUGAUAAUAGCCGAAGUCGUUCACCGAAUACUAGCUUAGAAGGUACUGCCUCUUCCACGCGCUCGAAUACAAAGUCUAAGACUAAAACGAUGAAAAGAAAAAAGAAAAAGCUCACGAAGAGCUCUAAAAAAAUCAGUGACCUAGUUCGAGAAGUAAGAAUCAAAGAGUACAACAAUGAUGGCGAAGAGGAGGAAAUAGUGACGUAUGUCAAAGUCGCAUCAUCUACAUCAAGGAGGAAGUGUAAGAAAAGAACAAAGAAAACGCGCAAGAGGAGAAAAUAUAAAUGUCGUGCGCGCACUGCAUCCAUGCUGACAAACACUCGAACAGUAAAAAGAAGAUUGGCCUCUACACUCGGUAUGAAGAAGCCGAAAGUGCCAUUGCUCUUACCUACCAUGAAAAGUAAUAGCUCUAUUCCUGAGAAAAGCAUUCUCACGAACGCUAGAUACAGCGCUGGUAUACCUCAAGUCAGUCUUUUUGGAAAUAAUCUAGGAUUAGAUUACAGUCCACCUGGAUCGGAUGACGACGAUGAAUAUUCCAUUGGAAUUGGACAAGGUCCGAUAAUAAAUGUACGACAACGACGAUUGGCAGUACCAUCGAUUAGACGUCGCACCGCUCUAAAAGAUAUCGUCAAUCCUGUCAGUGAAAUGAAUAAUGCUGGCAUAACGGAUCUUUUGGAUAGUAUAAUGAGCAGUCAGGAGCUGUGGCACUCGAUCAAAAAAGACGACGUGAUUCUGAAGGGUGACGGCACAUUAAUGGUGAAUAAUUCUGAGAAGGAAAAUAAGCACAGCAUUAAUAACAAUGAAAGCCCGAAAAAGGAAAAGCAGGACGAAGAGGAAGUCACGCGGCGGGAGGAGGCAAUCUUGGAGGAGGUGGACACGCCGUUGGAUCUAUCUAAUAUUAAUGCCAAUGACAUCACGCAGGCGCCUAUGUACAAUAAUCCUUGUGGCGGAGGUGGUGGCGGCGGUGGUGGCGGCGGCGGUAAUCGAGGCAACUUCCGGGGUGGUUACGGUCGUGAUAACAGUCGACAUGGUGGCCACGGGGGGCAGACUUACGGCGGUGGUCGGGAUUCGAUGCCGCCGGGCGGUGGUGGCAGACACAAUUACAGCGGUGGGACUGGCGGCGGCGGUCCGCGGGACAACUUCGGGAAUCGUGACUUCGGUCCGCCGCCGUUUUUCAAUCCUAAUUUUGAGCACUGCGGCGGACCACCCAUGUUCGGUGCCCACGUACCGCCGCCACCGUUCCGCAGCCGUAAUCCCCAGCAUUUUCGCAACGAGCGGCUGCGUUUUCCGCCGCCACCACCACCUGCCGAACGACCGUUCAAUUUUACAGACGGCAGUGGUGGCUUCGAGAGGCCACCGUUUCCGCACGUGACGGAUCGUUUCCCUAGGCCUAGGCCACCUCCGUUGGGCAUGCCACCUGGUCCGUCCAUCCCUCCACCGAAUAUGCACAACAGUCUACCUCCGGUUAGUCUACCGGAGGAUAUGACGGGGAAUUAUCAGCCACCUCCUGAGCAGAACGAUCGCAUUGUGAUACCAGAUCCGGUCGCUGUGACCGUUUCACCUAUAGUUGCGUCUCCUGCAGCCGCGUCACCUGCCACGCGACAGGACAACGAUGACUGCGAUAUUUAUUGCGACAUUGAACCGCCGUCCAAACCUGAUUGUGAGGCACAAGAAGAACUUCAUAGUAAUGGUUCGAUGAUUCUAUUGCCGCCACCAGAGCCGCCAUCUGGUUUGCUGGAUUUCGAAGAAAAUUCUAGAAGUGAUAAAGACGACAGCGAGCAGGAAUUAGUGAUCGAUGACAGCCAUAAGGAGGAUACAUCGAGAGAGCUGCCGACAAGUGGCGACAAGUAUGAUCCAUUUGCGGCCGACAGUGACAGCAACGACGAUGCCACUACUCCGUUAACGUUACAAAAGGCGACAUCGGAGACAGCCGAAGUAUCACGGAAUAGUUGUAACAUACCUAUGCCGAUUGCGCCGCCGUUGGUUUCCACAACCUAUCCUUCGAUACCGACGACUGCCGCGAUUCAGAAUAGGGAACGCCCACAAGAGCCUAUUCGGCUGACUGCAUACGAUGAUGAUGACGACAAUGAUUCGCAGUCAGACUGUCCGAAUUUCUCCAUCUACUCGUCGCAAACUAUGGAUGUGGCUAGGCAUACAGAACAGGAGCUGUCGCAGCAGCUUGGACCACUCCAGCCACCACCGAUACCGCCCAACAUUCCCGAUGACGACGAUAUUAUCGUAGGAGACGUUCAAGCCUGUGAUUUCCCGGAUGUACCACCAGAACCAGCCAAUCCAUAUCUCGAAGCGCUACAGAAGGAACGACAAACUUUGAGUAAGAUACCACCAAAGAAGAUUUCGCACGACUCGCAUCGUGGAAAAAUCACUUUUAAGAUAGGUAAUAAGCUGAGACUUAACAACCGACUGAGUGGCCUGCACUCGGAAGACCAUUCGCAAAAUACAAGUUUUCUUCAGAAGAAGACGCCAACCGUACAGUCGAUUGAUAAAUUGCAAGUUGAGCGAGAUAGCGACAAAAAUGUCAGUUCGUCAAAAUCAGCAAUGGAAUCCACAGUCGUAAAACCAUCAAUAGUAUCGAAUCAAUUAAUAAAGAUAGGGCCAGGAUUUGCUGAAGAGGAAGAAGAAGUGGAAGAAGAAAAAAGUACAGAGCUCGCUAAAUCGAGCUCAAAGAAGAAAGAGCCUCUCAAGCCUGCGAGUCGACACGAAAGCAAGGAACUUCAUUCGGAAAGCUCAUCAGACGAGGAAACUACGAAGAUAGAUGAGAAAACAAAAGACAUCGACGCUUCGUCCAAUAAGAAAGAGGAAGAAGACAGUGAAUGGGAAAUGUUGGAUACGCCGAGUGAGAAUGUUGCAGUUGCGGAGAGUGCGGAGUCAUCCGCGCUUGACACGGCCGAGAGAUUGUCGCCGAGAAAAUUGGAUGGUAGCGAGCUGAGCAUAGAGUGCAGCUCGGAAGACUUGGAAGGCGGCGACACGACGAGCAAGAUCGCGUUGUCGCACUCGAAAACCGAAUCGCGGGAUGAGACGAGUGCGCGCGACGACUCGCGAGAUCGGGAGUCGAGCAGCGAUGACGACGAACGUUUGCCGAGCAGCUGCAAGCUUGCUGAGGCAGAUCGCGACGAUAAGGACGACGAUAAAGCAUCGAGCGACAACGAAGAUCCAAACUCAUCGGACCAGCGACACGAAAAGGCGAGCUUCUCGACGGUGGACGACGAGGCGGAACAGUUCCCUAUCGAGAAGGAUAAGCUGGACGAGUUGCCUGCGCCUGCCAUCACCAUCGACAACAAUUGGGAGUCAGAUGGCGCUUACACGCCCUGCAAGGAUGAACUACCAAUAAGAGACGAAAUGCAGGUGGAGCGUUACACGACAUCAUUUGAAAUCGGCUUGGAGCCCAUCACGCCGACGAAAGACAAGACGAAUGACGAUCUAGACGAUUGCAGAUCACCGACUGGUUAUGCCGAAUUGGGCACCGAGGCUAUCUCUGAAACUGACGAAGCGAUAAAUUUCGAGGAGGAACUGAAUGCUCUGAUGUUACGCAAAGAAAAGGAGAUGGAGGACGGUGAGAUACUGGAUGAGAGUAAGCUGGAUAUAAAGGAACGGGAAAAAUUGAAAGAGGAUAAAGAGGACGAUAACAAGAAGAAGAGAAAGAAGGACAAGAAGGAGAAGAGCAAAGAGAGCACGGAGAAAAACAAAGAGAAUAUCUCAUCAGAUAAUCUGGUCUCGUGGAAGAAACUUUCGAAGAGCACAAGAGACAGGCCAUAUCGUGAUAAGGACAAACGGUCAAAAUCGAGGGAAAGGGAGAAGGAGAAGGAGAAGGAGAAGGAUAAAGACAAGUCCUUCAAGAAAAAGACAAAGGAAAUUGGUAAAAAGAAAGAAAAGAGGAAAGAACUACCGCGGUAUGAUGUGAGAAAGAUUGUAGCCGAGAAACCGUCUCGGCCGCGAAAAGACGAGUACGGCAGGGAUAUCAGGGAAAAAUCACGAAGCAGAUCGAGAAGUCGUUCUUCGAAUAGGAUGCAGUCUGGCUCGAAGGAUCAACGGAGUCGAUCAUACUCAAAGGGACGGUCUAAAAGUAGAUCUCGCCUCCGAUUGUCCUGGUCGAGGGAUCGUGGUCCGUCGUACUCCAAAUCAUGCAGCUCUAAUUCACGUAGAAGAUCAUCGUCCCGUAUUAGACGCAAGUCGCGCAGACGAUCUCUGUCGAGACGACAUUCCAUCUCUCGUAGGCGAUCGCGAUCGCUGUCGCGCAAACGACGAUCACUGUCACCCAGAAGACGCGGCAGGCGAUCGCUAUCGAGAUCGCGUGACAAACGAAAGGAGAAAGCGAAGAAGUACAAGUCGCGCAGUCGCUCGAGGAAUCGCAAGAGGUCGCGCAGCAAGUCGCCGAAGAGAACGACAUCCAAGACACGUGACAAGAAGCACAGCAAGAGGAAGGCGCACAGCCGAUCACGAUCGAAAGGCAGGUCGAUCUCGCGAGAGCGGGACCGCAACAGGAACUGGGAUCAAUUGAAUGAGAAGAGCGUGGAACAGGAGCAGCAGUUCCCGCGUGAACGCGAAGAACGUUCCUGGAGUGCGCAGUGGACGCCGUCCUGGUCACGUUCGAGAUCGAAGACGCCACCGCAUAUCCAAGAGGAACGGAUCAGCUCGCGAAACUGGUCACCACCACCCGUGCUAGAUAGCGUAUCGCCGAAGAACCUGACUGUCAUAUUAACGAACAAGGAGGCGAUAAAGAAGAAAAAGAAAGAACGACGGAAAGAGAGUCGGAAAUCUAAGGAGGCAGAAAAACGACGGAAGAGCAAACGCAAUAGGACCCCGCCGCCGUCAAAAGAAGUGUUUGCGAGCGGUGAUAAUAUUCUGGUUAGUGUGUGCUUCAACAAAGACAACGAGAUGAAUCCAUCGGCUACGCCGGAGUUACCUCCGACUAUUCCAUUGUCGCCGCCAAUAAAACGUCGAAGAAGAGAGUCCGUUCAGAUUGAGCCGACACCUUCCGCGAAGCGAUCGAAGAAGGAGAAGACGAAGGACAAACGGUCCAAAUCGCCAAAAGUGAAGAAGGACAAGAAGAAGAAGUCCAAGGCAGCGGAGAUCGCGGCGACGAAGAAGCCCGUGGCCGUAAUCGAUUUGGAUCAAUCGCCGUUCCGUGAACAGACGCCUUCUCCGCGUGAUGUUAUUAUCUUGAGCGAUGAUGACGAUAAACAAGCGCAAGAGACGCUCGCCGCGUCACCAGAACAAUGCCCACCGUCGCAAGCGUCACCGCCGCGCGAGCAGUUCGUCUCGCAAGGCCCGAAAACACCGCCGGAGCCACAAAUCAAAUUCUCUAUAAACAAGCAACCCAGUAAUCUUAGACCGUCCUUGAUAAAUCCAUUGUUGGAAGAAGAAGAGGAAGAAGAGGAGGAGAUGAUGGACGAGCGAGCCGAAGAGGAGCUUGAAAUGCGGGCACAGGAGGAAUUGGAACUGCGUCUCAAGAUCGGUCCUAAUACGCCGCCCGAACCACCCACGUCUCCUCCAACUUCACCAGAUGCUUACGAUCCUUUCGAUCCUACCAAAUCCCGCUCACCGACGCCGGACGCGAGUCAGGAAGCUACGCCGAAUGACGAGCGAGAUCGAGGACAGCGCAACUCGCCCAGGAAGCACGAGGGCCCAGUGGAUACUCCGUUGCCAUUAGAUGAGCCCAGUCAACAGCAGGAACAACCCAGUCAAGAGAAGCCGAUAGAAAAACCAAAGAUAAUAUCGAUGGUGACUAUCAAGAGGCCGUCGCCGCAGAGAGACGUCUCCGCGUCUCCCGUGCCGGAAAAUCAGGCGGACAUAGUCCAGUCAUGUAGCAGCAGUCCGCCCAAAACUCAGCAGAAUCCGCAGAAUGUGCAAUCAACCGCCAAUCCGUUUAGCACUAUCAAUCCCGUGUUGGCGACGGUGGCAGCCGCGGUGCAGAGGAGCUUCAACCCCAGCACUACAAUGCCCAACACUACACAAAGAACCCUAUUACAGCCUAAUCGCAUUUCGCCAAGUAAUCAGAUAAAGCAACGUACGAAUGAUAGGCCGCAGCUUCCUAACGUAUUCGCAAAUUCUGCAAAGUCAGCCGCCAUGGCGCGUUCUUCCAAAUCCACUCAGAAUAAAAACAGCUCGACGGUAGGUCAGAACGGCAGCGACGCAACCAUAGACAUGAUAAAUGAUAACGUCAUCGACAUGUCAUCACCAUAUUCACCGGGAUCGACUCUCAGCGACGGCCUGUUCGAUCCGCCGAGUCCCGCUAAUUUCAAUAACUCACCCGUCGCGAACGCACCACCGCCUGCCGCUGCUAAAACCAGCACGCCGAAGAUCAACAAGAGCACGGAGAAAAAAGAUCCAUUUGACGCACUGUUCGGUAGUAUACUGCCGUCUGUUAAGACUGCCACGAAAAAUAGAAGCAAAAAGGUCGCCAAGGAAAAGACGAAGAAGUCCACCAAUCCUAAAGUUGGAGUACGCAUGGACGAAAAUCAACUCCAAAUCCUAGAUGAUCUUCCUAGUUCUGCUGUGGAAAUGCAAGUUAAAGACAAGUUCCUUAAAAAACUAAAUCGACAAGAGAGAGUCGUGGAGGAAGUGAAAUUAGUUCUCAAACCCCAUUACACCAAAAAACACAUUACAAAAGAGGAAUACAAAGAUAUCAUGCGUAAAGCUGUACCUAAGAUAUGCCAUAAUAAAACGGGCGAGAUUAAUCCUAAAAAAAUAGCCCAUCUAAUAGAAGCGUAUGUAAGGAAAUGUCGAAAUAACAAGAAGAAGACUUCUGCCAAGAUAACGAAACCUGCGAAGACUCUAUGGAGUUGAUCACGUGUUGGCAAUUCUAGCGCAUUAGAAAUUCUUUCAACGUUAGGCCUCUCCCUAAACCACGCAUAAAAAUCACAUUCUAUCUUCUGGGUGGUAAGUGAAUUAGAAAUAUAUAUAUAUAUAUAUAUAUAUAUUGUAUAUGCAUAUACAAAUAUAUAUGCAUAUAUACAUGUACGUCUAUCGAUGAACGAGAUGUUAUGUGUACAUACAUAAUUCAUUAAUUGUAUAAGCGUAAUAUUUUUAUUUAUCUAAUUGUUUAAAUACGAGAGAAUAAGAGUUCAUGAUUACUAUUAUUAUUCACAAAUAUUAACGUCUAGACACAUCUUGCGCAUUUUCGCAAAGGCAUUCGACGAUGUAUAGCCUCUAUACGAAAUGGCCGUGUGACAUAUUAAUGCAACAUAUUUUAUUGUGACGUCUCUUGAAAUAAGUUCGGAUCACGAUCAACGAUCCUCUGCUAAUUAAGAAAUAUAUUGUACGAUAAGGUCAUAUUUUAGAGUGUGAUUGUAAUUCAGGAAAAACAAAACGAAACAAAAACGACGCUCAAUACGAGUCGCUAUUUAUGAGAGAGGGAGCAGAUUGCCAGGUGUAUUUUCUCGCGUUAUUGUAAAAUUAGUAAAAUUUUCAAACUUGGUGGAUUCUUAAACCUUUGUAUGAGCGAAAAUGACCUGUACGAAAAUCAGUUUUCGCACAAGUACAUUUCCGUAAACAGGAUAUGCGCGGUAUCUCGUUUCACUAUACAUACUCUAUAAACAGCAGACGAAAUUGCCACGCAUGAGACACAUCGUUUCCGAUCAGUGAAUUCAGAUGUAAAUAAAUCGUGUAUAAAAUUACCGGAGUUGUCUCUGUAUGUGAAAUCAAUUUUUAGGUUUGCGCAUUAUUAUUGCAAGUUCGCUUUUGACUCGUGUCUGUAUGCCCAAUAUUGGAAAACUGUACGUUUUUAUAUUAUAUUUUAACACCGUGAAAAAUUGUACAACGUCAAUCCCUUAUUCACAAUUCGUUUCGCUUAUGUUUUCAGAAAAGAAAAAUGAAUACUUGCUGUCUUAAAAAUAAUAUCACUGUAUUUGUAUUUCGUCUUUUGUGCUAAACGCAAUCUUAUGACUCAUAUGACUCAUAUGGUUCACGCGAUGUCUCUGAAUAUGUAUGUAUGUAUGUAUACAUAUGCAUACAUAUACGCUCGCAUCUUGCAUAUAUAAAAUCUUGAAUUUAUUUGAUGCGAUAUCUGUAAAAGACACGUUAAGGAUAAACGAAACGUAAAUCUAUAUAUGUUAUAAGGGCGAUCACUGCGAAAAUAAUUUUCAUUUUUUAAGAGAUACUCGAUGUUCCAAAACGCAGAAUGUAUAUUCAACUUAUGCUAACUGAGAUAUACCUGUAAUGAAAUAAUGGCUGCAACUUUCGCAUACCUUAAUGGAAGCGUGUUCAUUUUAAGCGCCGACACAUAGGUAUUUUUUCAAUCAAUAAGAAUGUAAAAUUAAUAAUCGAAACCAAUGUUCCAAAGGUAACGUUCCGUAUUUUUAACGACAUGUUGUGGAGAUCUUAAUUUUGGAAAAUGUAUAAAUCUAUCAUUAGCGAUUGAUAUAUCCAUAUUGUAUUAGCUGCCACAUGAAAUUCUGUUGUACAUUUUACCGGAUUGUAUGCUGAUAUCGUACACAAAUAUACUAUGUGUAUGGAUAGGUUUUAUACUUUUUACGCGUGAUAGCGGAAGUUACAUCCUCUUUGGAACGUAUACAGGUACUUAUAUAUACAUAUAUCAAAACGUAUGACACUGGCUAAAGCUGAAUUUAAGCGAAACAUGUGAAGAUCCCUAUCAUAGAAUAUAUCAUCAGUCAUCACAUCAAUAAUCAUAAUGCAACGGAGACAACACAAAAAUCGGAAUAUAAGAUGUUUUUGAGAUGUCUUAAAGAUGUCUUUUAAGCAUCUUUUGUCUCGAUUUUGAACUGUGUUAUUUGGGAAUGAUCUUAUUAAUGGUCAUUACGUCAGUAAAAUAAUGUUAAAUUCAUCAUUAAUUAAACCGUCGUUAAUCCUUGUGUGUAUGAACUCUCUUUUGUACUAAAUAGUAAUGUACAUAAACGAAAGGAGAAUAAAGAGUUUAAUAUUAUCGAAUUUA